AUCACAAGUCCAGGUCAGAGGAGGUGGGCCCAGACUGUCAGUGUCCCCACACCCCUUGAACGCGAAAACCCUCUCGCAUCAAACCCUUCCUCCUUUCUCCUCCCCUCCCGCGGAUCACUCGCCGCCGCCGCCGCCGCCGCAGGCCGCCGCCGCCGUGAUGCUGUCCUUGUCGAGGGCGCUCGGGAGGCGGCUCUUCUGCACCGCGUCCGGGUCCGCCGCGGCUGCGGCCGCGUCGACGUCGGCGGUGAGGAAGGCGCAGAACCCUCUCGAGGAGUUCUUCGAGGUCGAGAGGAGCACCGAGGAGGACAAGCACCCUCCCCACUACGGUCGUAGUUGGAAGGCUUCUGAAUUACGUCUAAAAUCUUGGGAUGAUCUUCAGAAGCUAUGGUAUGUUCUUCUAAAGGAAAAGAACAUGCUUAUGAGUCAGCGCCAGAUGCUAUAUUCAGAGAACUUGCGUUUUCCAAACCCAGAGCGCGUUUCCAAGGUGAAGAAAUCAAUGUGUCGGAUAAAGCAUGUCUUGACUGAGAGGGCCAUAGCAGAACCUGAUCCAAGGAGGUCUGCAGAAAUGAAGCGGAUGAUCAACGCCCUCUGAUCUACUUGCAUGCUUUCCCGUGGGACUAAAGGUUGAACGGACGAGUAGCAGUCACGUAGGAAGAUUUGCUUUUUCUGUUGUAUGUUUAUCUCAGAAGUUGUGUUAAACCGGUCCUUUUGAUAUCCAUGGUAUGCUCGUAAAAACCUUUAUUGACAUUAACAUCUCAUAUCCAAUAAUUUUGACACCCUCUUUCAGCUGUUUACAA